AUCGUUACCACAUGAAAAAAUGGUAGCUAAGAAGGCACACAUUGAAAACUUUAAUGGGGCCAAUAAGGGGACUGCAGAAUCAAAUUUACGAGACAAUCAGAUCACUAGCCAAGAUUUGUGUCCUAGUUUUUCUGCGAGAACCAAAGAGGAUUUCACUGGUUUAUCUUUACCACACAUGGUCGCUAAGAAAGCACACAUUGAAAAAAUUGAUAGUGUCAAUCAAGGCUAUGCAAAAUCUAUUUUACCGGAGAAGACUAACCAGGAAUUGCAUCCUAGCAAUUGCGCAAGAACCAAAGAAGGUUGCACAAGUUUAUCUUCACCACAUAAACACACGGUUACUAAGAAAGCACAUGAUGCUCCUGAGCCAAAGAUUGGUCAAGCUGAAAAUAGCAAUGUAGACAUGCAAGGUGCUCUUAAACGAAGUGAACUGCUUCAUCGCAUCACUAAACAUGAUAAAAUGAAAGUCUUUUUGUAUUCAUUGAACCCGAGAAGCAAAAAUAAAUGUAUGGCUGAAGGAACUUUAGUGAGUAGAGAUAAAACAUACGUGGUCGGAGGAAACAUGCUUGGAGAGCAAUAUGUAGCAGUAUCUAUUUCCGCUGUUACAAGACAUGGAAAUGAGGCACUGGCUAGACCAUGUGAAACAUUCGAAACAUUAAGGGAUGCUAUUGGUCAUGUUAUUGCAUGGCCUCUAUCACAUGUCAAAAAACCAAAACUGACCACUCGUACACAUUCUCCAAACAAGCCACCAAACACUGGGUAGCUCAAGAUUUUGAAAAGGAGUGCAUUGCAGGAGUCAGGAGCAAGUAUAGAAGAAUUAGUCUUUAAAAGGAUA